AUGUUCGCGCGGAUCAAACCGAAUCCCUGGAAGAAUCGGAAGAUCAAGCGCCGCGAGACGCUGGUUUCCGCUAUCCGGGGGUACUGCGCAAACGCCUCGUUUCAUGGACUCAGAUACGUGGUCGACCCACGACUGAACAAGAUCGAGCGAUUCCUCUGGUUCGCGGUAUUCGCCACCCACAUUGUCGCCGCGGUCUACGUCACUUGCUAUCUCGCUACGAAACUCCAGAGAGCGCCGACGUCCAUCGGAAUCGAGUCGAUGAAUCACAAAAUAUCUGGCGUCCCGUUCCCGAGCGUCACCCUCUGCCCGAACAACCGCGUCGACUGGGACAAGGUCGCGAACCUCGAGAAACAGAUUUUCACCAAUUCCACCGAACGCCAGACGCUGAAAACCUUUCGCGAUUUACUGACAGGCCUGUCGGCCAUCAGCUUCGACGUGAACGUGACGGAUGCGCUGUUGCAAGCGGUGCCGAAUUGCGAGCAGAUUUUCACCGACUGCUGGUGGCGCAACUCGAAUAGAGAUUGCUGCGAGAUAUUCGAGCUGCACAAGACCGAGUACGGGUUUUGUUACUCGUUCAACUCGCAGCUAGCCGAGAGGACCGUUCGCCAGAAGUACCACGGAUACUUGGAGAAACGGCCCCGCAGAGCCACCGGUUACGGCGCUUGGAGCGGCCUCAGGGUCACCGCUCGUUUCUGGAACGUGACCAAACCGCCGAAUUUCGGCGGAGCCGACGGAAUUCUAUUCAUGCUCGAGGAUCCACGAGUUUGGCCCCACAAUGGACGCGCGAUUCCGAUAAACUCGUUAUCCACCGUGUCCUUUGAGUGUAUCUCUGGAUUUGCAACGCAAUCUAUUCUCGAUCUGGAUGAAAGCAGAGCACCUUGCCGACACGUUCCCGACAAUUCGUACGCUCAAGACUCCUGCGUAUCGUUGUGCAAAAGGGAUUACGUCGUAAAACACUGCGGCUGCAAUCCUUCGUUCCUGUUCCCUUCAGCUUCGCAGCGUGAUUGCGGCAUUAAGGAUUUCCUCUGCCUGAUCGAUCACAACGAUGUGUACAAGGACAACGUGUUCACGGACGAGAACGAACCGAUCCGCAAGAACGAUAUUAUCUGCGAUUGUCCGCCUGCCUGCGAUUAUUACAUCUACACGCCUCAUUUGGCCGUGGUGCAGACGCAUCGAUCACAGGACAUCACUCUGGACGUCCACUUUUCCAGCCAGACCAACUUCCGGUACAAGAUGGAUCUAAUUUACACGAAUCUGCAUUUCCUUGUGUCUUUCGGUGGCAUAAUCGGCUUAUUUCUCGGGGGCUCGUUACUCAGCGCGGUAGAGCUGAUUUAUUACCUGAUGGUCGUCGUGUUUUCCUACGUUCGCUGUUGCCGGUCCAACGGCAAGGAACCAGCUCGGACCGGAAGACCAGCGACGCUCGACGACGCUCGUCCACCCAUGCCGCCCGAGGCGCUCGCUCCGAAAUACACCCUCGUAAAACCGAAAUCGAGGAGGAUUCCGAUCUUGGCGUAUUACGCCCCCGUCAAAUCAAAUUUAAACAGAUAUUGA